AUGAAGGUCGAGGAAAUCGAGCAGAAGCAGAAGCAGGAGCAGGAGCAGGAGCAGGAGCAGGAGCAAGUGCUUGAGCGGGAGCUGUCAGAGGACGAGCUGGACCUCGAUGGCACAGAUCAUCACCAUCUGCAAAAGUCGAUCUUUCUGCGAUGGAACUUUUAUCGGAGCAUGUGGACGUACUGCCUCGCUACGAGCUUCAUUGGUUCCAUUAUCAUCUACGUGGUCGACGAUAUCGCCUACAUCGAUGCUCUCUUCUUGUCCAUCUCCGCCUACACAGGGUCCGGUCUCGCAACAGUCGAGAUGUCGGCGGUCAGCAACAAGACCUUCAUCGUGCUCUACGUCAUGAUGAACCUGGGAGGGAUCAUUUUUCUCCUCCUUCCCCCCAUGAUCUACAGAAUCCUUGCUUUCAACGCGCUGCAGCCCGAGCUUGAGGUAUUCCUGUCCAAGCUCGAACUACCCUACUCCCCGCAAACUCAGAAGCUGAUCUGGCUGGUGGGGGAGAGGAGGGCGCAGGUGCGAGGGCUGCGGAUGGUGGUGAUCACAGUGGCGGCAUACAUCCUGGUCAUCAUGGGCUGUGGGAUCGGAAUCUUGUAUGGGACCCUCUCCGUUCGCCCGAACCCACCGGAGCUGGAGGAGAGGGGCCUAGGAAAGCUGUGGAACGCAGUGUUCCUGGUGUCAAGCGCAUUCUGUAACUGCGGCUUCACGCUGACCUCUGACUCCGUGUACUGGAUGAAGACCUGGCCUGAGUGCUACCUCCUCCUCUGUUUCCUCAUCCUCGCUGGGAAUAAUUUGGCUCCGAUCCUCCUGCGCGGGUUCGUCCGCCUCGUGCACUUCCUGGCUGGGCAGCUGAAAUUGGAUCGAGGGGGCUUGCGGUAUGCGCUGGACCACAGCCGGCAGAUGACGACUCACCUGCUCGACAAGGGGCAGACGCGCGUGCUGAUCAUCAUCCUUGUGGCCAUCAACACCUUCCAGUUCAUAGCUUUCCUCUCCUCCUCGCUGCAGAGAGAGGAGCUACUGGAAGGCUACGGGGCCACCGCCAUGGCAGGAGCAGGCUUCUUCCAGACCAUCUCCACGAGGUCGGCUGGUCUUCAGAUCUUUGACCUGAACCAUCUGAACCAGGGCAUGCACAUCAUCUACAUCCUUAUGAUGUACCUCUCAGCCGCCCCCUUCGUGAGCAGGAUGUACGUCUCCGAGCAAACCCUGGACAGCGACGGCCGAUCGGUCCCCACUGUCUCCUCUGUGCAUGCGGCAAAGGCAAGGUUUCAGAGUCAGUACCUGUUCCGCCACCUCUCCUUCCUCCUCUUCGCCUUCCUCCUCCUCGCCUUCAUCCAUGACCCGAGGGCGUACAAGUACUACGUCCUCCAGCCCUUCCCCAUCCUCUUCGAGCUCGUGUCUGCCUACGGCAACGUUGGGCUGUCGCUCGGAGUUCCCGGCAAGAACUUCUCGCUGUGCGGAGCCUUCAGCGUUCUGGGCAAGCUCAUCAUCAUCUGCGCCAUGCUGCUGGGGAAGCACAGGGGACUCCCAGCACACACCGACCUCGUCCUCAACUUCAGGCACACGAGGCUCAAGAGGCAGCUCGCUCUCGCCAAGGAGGAGGAGGGGCUGCCGUCAGAGUGGCGGUGGUCAGCGCACAAGAGCAGGAAGGUGGUUGACAUGCAGGCGAUACAGGAGGGAGAGGGAGAGGUAGAUGGUGUUCUUCCUCCUCCUCUUGUGGUCCCGGCUCGUGCAAAAUCAAAGAAGGAGGGUCGCCAUGUGGUCAUCAUGGCCGAAGGAGGGAAGCCAGAGCAAGAGGAGGAGGAGGGUGCGGAGAAUCCACAACGGCAUGACGACGGUGGUCACAUACCGAGGAAGCAGACGGACAAGGGCAUCAGGCACUCUUCCUCCAGGAGGGGCGAGCAGCACAAGACUUCCUUCAGCCAUCGCCUCCUCAGCAGGCUCGACCCAUCCCCGAAGCUCUCAUUCACUCGACCCAAGGCUUCUCCUCCUACUUUGCCCGAGCAGGGGAUGGGGGCGGCAAACAUGGAGGAUCUCGAACUGCAACUGGACACCAGCUUCACCAGGAGGAACAGGAACAGGACCCAGUCUCCUUCCAUUAGAUCGUCCGAUGCCGUCGAUCCUUCCUCUCUUGCUGUCAGCUCCGUCAGCUCCCCUGUCAUCGAAGCUCGCGACAAGCGCCAGGGCCUCGCCGGCCUCAUGCACUCAGCCUGGGAUCGACUGUGGACGCCAGCGAUGGAGGACGAGAGAGAGAAGAUUCAAGUAGAAGAUCUGCUCACGAGCGACACGUUCUUCAACCGCAUCUACACGCAGGACCUGAGCUUCCAUGGCCUCCCGAGCGCGAGCAUGGAGGAAGGAAACGCUCAUCACGUGGAGAAUCGCCAUGCCUCCCUUGAGUUGAUCAGGAGAACUUUCUCCAAUAGAACGCUUGUUCGGCAACAUGAGCUGAGUAACGACAUAGACGAGGAUGCCAUGUCCGUAUGA